AUGAAAAUUCGUCGACCGAAAUGUGCGCGAUGUCGUAACCAUGGAAUGAUAUCAUGGUUAAAAGGUCAUAAACGUCAUUGUAAAUUUCGUGAUUGUGCAUGUGCUAAAUGUAAUCUGAUAGCAGAAAGACAACGAGUAAUGGCAGCACAGGUUGCUUUGAAACGUCAACAAGCAUCUGAAGAUGCUAUUGCCAUUCGUGUAAGAUGCUUAUCACCGUUUGGACAAUUACCUGCUGGUCCUGUUUGGGGAAAUGUAUCAUCAUCAUCAGCAACAAAAGACGAAGAUGCAAUGGAUGAAGAAAAAACAGAAAAACGUCCAACAUCGUCAAAUUCACCAAUAGAUUAUAAAUCACUUGAUUCUAUUUCUCCAAAAGGAAGUAGUCCAAAAUCAAAAGUUGGUGAAUCUAUUAACGGAACAAUAACAAAUACAUCCGAUAUAGAUUCUGAAGAUGAAAAUAACUAUUCAUCAGAUGCUGCUGCUCCAGGCCACUUAUCUUACAUUGAAUUACUUGAACGCCUAUUUCCGAUGCAAAAACGUUCAGUUUUAGAGCUUGUGUUAAAUACAUGUCAUAACGAUUUAGCUAAAGCCAUUGAACAUUUUGUGGCACUUAGUGAUAAUAUAACAACAACGCAACAUCAGCAUCAGCAGAUACAAGCAACAUCGACAUCAAAAUCGGCAUUUACUCCGAUCAGUUCAUUAUCAGCUUUUACUGCAGCUGCAUUUGAUUAUCGGCCAACAAUGUAUUUGUCUCAUCGUGAUACUCAACAACCACAUCAGCACCACACGUCCUAUCCGCCACCAUUAUCAUUUGUUACACCAGGACUUUAUCCACCACCAAAUUUUUUACAUUUUACACAUGCUGGUCAAGCAGCAGCAUUAGCCUAUGCUUCGGCAGCGGGAGAAAAACUUUCCAAACGACAAGACAUUUUAUGUUCACUAAAAUGCGAUCGCUAA